CGUUUCACUAUGAACACCAAGCUGAAACUAAUUGCAUCGUUGAUUAACUUCCUCGUCAUCGCUGUGGCAGAUACACUGACUCCUGAUCUUCAAAUGUACUGGGAAAACAGCAUGGUACAGCCGUACUUCGAGAACACCACCAAGCGGGAGCUGACGGCAAUUGCGGGACAAACGUGUCAGCUUCACUGUCGGGUCAAAAGUUUGGGAGACCGAGCGGUAUCCUGGAUACGGAAACGAGAUCUACAUAUCCUGACCGUCGGGAUACUGACGUACACCAACGACCAGCGCUUCCAGUCGCUGCACACGGACGGCAGCGACGAGUGGACGUUACGCAUCACGUCACCGCAGGCACGGGACUCCGGUGUCUACGAGUGUCAAGUUUCGACUGAGCCGAAAAUUAGCCAGGCAUUCCGGCUGAACGUAGUUGUAUCAAAGGCCAAGAUUCUCGGAAACACCGAGCUGUUCGUUAAGAGUGGCAGUGACAUUAAUUUGACCUGCGUAGCGCUGCAGUCACCACAGCCACCUUCCUUCAUCUAUUGGUACAAGGGCGGCCGGGUGAUCAAUUAUUCACAACGGGGCGGCAUCAGCGUACUGACCGAGCAGCAAACCCGGACCAGCCGGCUGGUCAUAGCGCGUGCAUCACCUUCGGACUCCGGCAACUACACUUGCUCGCCGAGCAAUUCCGACUCCGCUAGUGUGGUGGUCCACGUAAUCAAAGGUGAACAUCCGGCUGCUAUGCAACAUGGCGUGAACGAAGCCGAUUACAUACACAAAUCACAAUCCGUAAGGAAAACAAAGGAAUCCUUCCAGCACUCGGGGAAAACUCCCGUCGUCAAUGAUAUAUCGAAAACCUUAGCUAAGGGCAAUGCAAGAGUAUUUAAACAGCGUUUCAAGACUAUGGAAGGAAUGCCAUCUGGGCUGCAUCCCGUUGAGGAUUUCAAGUGUUUCCCAGCAGAGAUCACCACAUCGCUAGUUACGUUGUACGGGAAACUGGAAACGGUUAAGCGAGUAAUGUUACUUGUGGCUGCCACAAUGUCAUGA